AUGGCUACCUUCAUCUCUUCUUCACCAUGUCUAAGUUUCAUCUUAUUAUCCAUAAUUUUCAUUGCAAAACACUCCAUUACUGCAGCUGAUUCAGACAGAAAGGUUUACAUAGCUUAUAUGGGAGAGAAGGCAUCACUAGAAACAUCAGCACAAUCUCUUCAUUUCAACCUCCUUAAUCAUGUCCUCGAUGGCAUCACUGCAAGAGAGUCUAUUGUUCAUAGUUAUGGAAGGAGCUUCAAUGCCUUUGCAGCCAAGCUCACUGAAAAUGAAAAACAAAGACUUGAAGACAUGGAAGGGAUAGUAUCAGUGUUUCCUAGCAAAACACUACACCUUCAUACAACAAGAUCAUGGGAUUUUCUAGGCUUCACAGAGACUAUGGAACUGGGUAAAACCUUGAAGAGUGACGUAAUUGUUGGCAUUAUUGACACUGGAAUAUGGCCUGAAUCUAAAUCUUUCAGCGAUGAAGGUUUUGGUCCCCCGCCUAAAAAAUGGAAGGGCAGCUGCAACAAAAAUUUCACUUGCAACAAUAAGAUCAUUGGAGCAAAAUACUACGCAAGGGAAGGAAUUAGCGUGAAUGAGCCAUCACCGAGAGAUACAGAAGGCCAUGGUAGCCACACUGCAUCUACGGUUGCAGGUGUCACCGUCAGAAAUGUUAGUUUCUACGGCAUUGCCAAGGGAAAAGCUCGAGGAGCAAUGCCGGGUGCUCGCUUGGCUAUUUACAAGGUCUGUUGGCCUGAUCAAGGUUGCUCAGAUGAGGACUUGUUAGCAGCCUUCGAUGAUGCAAUUGCAGAUGGUGUUGACAUUAUAUCAAUCUCGAUAGGAGGAGUUAUAAGAGAGUAUUUCUCCGACUCGAUAGCAAUCGGAUCAUUUCAUGCCAUGAAGAAAGGGAUUGUCACUUCAGCUUCGGCCGGAAACAGAGGUCCUUCUAGGGAAAGUCUAAGUAACAUGGCACCAUGGAUGAUCUCUGUGGCAGCAAGCAGCAUAGAUAGAAAAAUUAUUGAUAAGGUUGUUGUUGGAAAUAAUAAAAGCUUUGUGGGAGUUUCAGUGAAUCCUUUCCCUACAACAAAGUUUUUACCAUUCAUAUCUCCUCCAAGUUGUUAUACAGGUAAGCCAAAGGCGAAAGGGGAUAUUAUUCUAUGCUCAGACGAUGACGGUGGGGAGGCAGCUAUUUCUAUUCAUGCAGCAGGACUUGUAUCGGUUGAUUCCUCCUCAUAUAUUGACUUUGGAAGGCAGUAUCCUUUGCCAGCUCUUGAUGUUAUCCCUGAAGUUGGUCUUCAGCUGAAUAAGUACAUCAAUAGCACUAGGAAUCCAGUUGCUAAAAUUCUAAAAAGCGAAGGAAUCUUCGAUCCAAAAGCUCCUGUUAUCGUCUCAUUCUCUUCAAGAGGGCCGAGCGCCAUCACUCCCGAUAUCCUCAAGCCUGAUAUAAGCGCUCCAGGAGUUAACAUUAUAGCAGCAUGGUCGCCGAAAGCUAAACUGACUAGUAUUGAAGCAGAUAAAAGAUCAGCGAACUACAACAUAAUAUCAGGUACAUCUAUGGCUUGCCCUCAUGUCGCUGGUGUUGCCGCCUAUAUCAAGUCCCCGGCUGCCGUUUUAUCUGCAUUGGUCACAACAGCGACUCCUAUGAAUCCAUCAUACCAUCCUGAUGCCGAACUAGGUUACGGUGCCGGUCAACUUAAUCCGAUGAAUGUUGUGAAACCUGGGUUAAUCUAUGAUGCUAAUGUUGCUGAUUAUAUUGAGAUGCUUUGCAACAUGGGCUACAACACAACCAAACUCAGAAUUAUAACCGGAGAUAAGAGCACUUGCAAUAGCUCUAAGACUAAGAAUGGCAGUGUGAGGGAUUUGAACUAUCCUUCUGUGUCUCUCAAAGCCAAAAAGGGAAUGCCAGUACAUGCAAGCUUCCCAAGAACAGUGACCAAUGUUGGAUUAGCUAAUUCUGUUUACAAGGCAAGGAUAAUAAUUACAUCAAAUUUCAAACAUAAUAUUACUGUGAAACCUCAAGUUUUGAAAUUUGAAGCUUUGAACCAGAGGUUGGAGUUUGUUGUCACCGUUUCUGGACCAGCAAUGAAGGUUGGCUCUGUGGCUUCUGCUUCACUUGUUUGGUUUGAUGGCAAGCAUAGCGUCAGGAGUCCCAUUGUUGUGUUUGUUUGA